AUGGGUCACAAAGAGGAGCUCAGCCCGGAGCAGGUGGACCUGAAGGUGUCCCCACUGGUGGCCUCCCUGAAGCGAACUUGGAAUGACUUCUGCGCCACCAGCAGUAUCCAUGGGUUAAGAUACACCCGCGAUGAGGACACCAAUCGUAUAGUGCAUUUUGUUUGGCUACUCAUCUCAUUGGUGAUGUUCAUUUGUGCUGUGGUUAUGGCGCGCACCUUCUACAUUGACUUUCGGAGUAAUCCUACGCGGAUGAAUGUGGAAAGUGACAACACUCCUGUUAGCAAUUUAUACUUUCCACCAGUCACUAUUUGCCCGGAUGUGCUCUUUAAUAUGCAAAAGUCAGAGGCUUUUCUAAAGACACUGCAACUGCCCCAGGGAACCAAUCAAAGUUUCAUUCUUCGAAAGCUGCACAUCUUCUAUGGUUUUAUGUUGGAUGAUGAAAAAUACUCCGACCAGGAUAUCAACCCCAUGGAGUCCUUGUUGUCCCUCAACAAUCUCACCUUACAGCAGCUGGUGGAGCACUUACGUUGGAAUUGCGAUGAGAUUUUGUAUCGUUGCAGGUUUAAUGGCCAGAUACGGGAUUGUUUAGAGCUUUUUCAAUUGUCCAAAACAUUUUUUGGGCACUGCUGUUCUUUCAAUUUAAGGCAAACGGGUCUCAACUUUACUGGCGAACGUGCUGUUGGAGGUCUGAAGUAUGGGCUCUCAGUGAUUUUAAGAUACAAAGAUGACAACUAUGAUCCUGUUCAAUCCUAUUCCUUUGGCGUAAAACUACUUAUCCAGGAAGCAGAUGCCUUUCCCAGUGCUCACUCCUCUUCAAAGUUUAUAGCUUUCGACUCUGAAGUUUUUGCGGCACUUCAUCCUCAAGAAACUUUUUGCUCGCCUGCCGUCAAAGCCCUUUCCAUUGAAGACAGAAACUGUGUUUUCCGAAACGAGUUCACGAUGCGGUACUUUAAGAAUUAUGUUUAUCCGAAUUGUGAGCUCAACUGUAGGGUCACCAAUAUGGUAAAGUUCUGCAACUGCCACACCUACUUCUUCGACUUUAACCGAACUACAGACAGGAUAUGUACAUUCAAGGAUAUACCUUGCCUGGUGGAUAACUUUGCUAACAUUAUCACCAGGAAGAGAAGUACUCAGUGCUAUUGCCCUCUGACCUGCGAACAUUUGGAUUAUGAUGUGCAGAUUUCAGAUUUUCCUCUGAAACUCAAUAUGCCUGUGGCCGACCAAUUCUACUCAGGGAUAGCCAAAAACGAUGGCAUACUGCAUGUCUUUAUAAACUCAUUUGGCUACCGACGUUUGCGUCAUGAUUUGCUCUCCAAUAUGGUUACCUUAGUGUCUAACUUGGGCAGUGCCUUUAGUCUCUUUGUGGGAAUGAGCAUGCUGUCUGUGGUGGAGAUUAUCUACUAUUUCUCCGUGAUUCUUCGCAAGAACUAUGUGCUGGAGUGCGAGGCUCGCAAAAAGAUGCUUCAUAAGGGGCCAAAGUUCGCCUGGCCAAAAGCAAAUGACUCGUACAGUAAACACGAGAAAUCAGUUUUCAUAAUUCACAAAUCGUAA